UCCCAACUCGAGGCGGCUUCUGGUCUGGUCGCCCUUGUUCCAUUUGGCUGCGAUAACCCUAUCUCCGAUGCCCGGUCUUACGUCUCCAUCCCCUCGCCAUCCCCCAAACGGCUCCACUGUGUGGUGCCUCAGCCUCGACUUGGCUCGUCUUGACACCUCCAUAACGGACUUUAACAUCAGCCCGAUACACCCCAUCCAUCCAUCGGCUCGAGGCCGAUAUAAUAUCAAGAUGGUGCGAUUCUCGGUUAUGGUUCCGUACUAUUGACCUGGUUGCCGACAAAGAUGAUUUAACUAGUGUAAAGACGACU